AAAAAUUGAAUAUAAGCUCAAAUAACCUCUUAAAUAGUCCAGUGAUAUUAGUGAAAUUAGUGUAAAAGUGGUGAAAAUGUUUUGAAUAUAUUAGUGAUGUGACAAAUUAUAUUUAAGUGAUUGCCAAAUACUCCAAGAGAGCCGAAGCGUCGCCUGCGAAGCAAACACGAACUAGCCGGCGAAUUAGGCGUCGAAGAAAUCCUCGCGUUCGGCGACGAGAACGUCUUCGAAUUAACUCAACUAUCUGAGAUGAUCGGCUGGACGCCGACACCACCAGAAGAAGCAGGAAAACCAGUGGCUGCAGACGGCGAUAAGGAGGGGCUCAUUUACCCUUUGGAAUUAGCAAGACCACAUACCAUUUUAAGGGUGCAACUUAAGGGAUCGAAUGUUCCUGAGUGGUUUGGAGGUUUUCGUACAAUGUUACCAGACGACGACGAAGUGGAAGAAUUCGAUAACUUCUUCGACGUCCUCAACGAAGCCCAUUCGAUGAUGGGUCCUAUCGAGGGCGAAACGACCUUCUACGACAUUACACCCGAUGAUGAAGAUGAUGAUAAUGAUGAUGAUGAGCCCCAAGAAAAGAUUAAAGACACGCCUGCUGAGCCUCCUAAAUAACUAUUUUUUUAUGUUUCGUAUUAGUUUGUUAAAAAGUUUAUAAAAAAAUGCCUUCAGUGCCUUCAAUGUUAUUAUCGUAACGCGCCAAAAAAAUGAAACGAAAGACUUUGGAUUAAUAAAAUAUUUUGCGUAGUUGAGGAAAUUUAAUUUGUGAUAAGUGGUUAAGAACAAGGGA